CUAUAAAAUCUGUAUUGCUGUCCCUUAUUAAUGGCUGUGCCUUAAAGGCUGCAGAUCACCAACCAACACUCACUCCUCACAUGAUUAAGAAAGCCAACUUUCGUGAUGAAAAUUUCUCAGUUAGUGUAAGCAAAUCAGCAAAUGAGGUUGUUGCUACUUACACUAAGGAUGAAACAGGAAUGGAUCUAGUCAUCCGUCUCCCUGCAUCUUAUCCACUAAGGCCCGUAGAUGUUGAUUGUACUAGGAGCCUUGGAAUUAGUGAGAUCAAGCAAAGGAAAUGGUUGAUGUCAAUGAUGUUAUUUGUUCGUAAUCAGAAUGGUGCUUUAGCAGAAGCUAUUGGAAUUUGGAAGAACAAUUUUGAUAAAGAAUUUGAAGGUGUUGAGGAGUGUCCAAUCUGUUACAGUGUCAUCCACACUACAAACCACAGCGUUCCUCGCCUUGCUUGCAAGACUUGCAAACACAAAUUUCAUUCUGCUUGCCUUUAUAAAUGGUUUUCAACAUCUCACAAAUCAUCUUGCCCCUUGUGUCAAUCUCCGUUUUGA